AUGGAAAGGAUAGAAGAACAUGUACAAUUAUAUGGAGCAAAUUGCUUUAACGCUGGUUGGGAACCUUACCAACGCACACACAAAGCAGGGCAAUCGGUUGCAAACGUGAUAAGGUGUACGAUCAUGACCGGAGCAUUAUUCUUCAUGGAUCCUCAGAAGUACAUAGGGCAAAGUAUAAAUGGAAAAAUUGCGCUUAGUAAAGACGAGGAAUCAGAAUUAAAAUGUAUGGUUAUAAAUGUUUUUGAGGAAAUAUUGAAAGAAAUGGAAUGUGGAAAAACAAGUACCAGAGGACUAAGGUAUGCAUGGUACACAAUGAAAGAGCUGGGACAAUUAUUAGGACACGACAACCCUUUGAUAAAGGGGACGUGCAACUAUGAGCAAUAUGGAAACAGAGAUGCUGAGCAGAGGUUCAAGCUAUCAGCAAUAAAGAGUGCGUUACUUGGGAAUAGAAAUGUAAUACAAAGGAUGAGGAAACAAGGGAACCCUGCAGUAUGCAAUAAGCCAUGGGCUGAAUACAGGGCGAAGUGGACGAAGGGGAACGAUGAGGACGACGACACAUGGAACCAGAGGGUACUUUUGAAAGCAAUGAAAGAGGAGAAAAUAAUUGAAGCAGUUAAAGGUGUAGUGCAGGAAAUAAAGGAGGAAGUAGAAAAAGUAGAUGAAAUGUUAAAGGCAGGGCACCAGACAGUCCAGCCUGCCGCCGCCACACCCGCCUCCGAGCCCAAACCAGUACAGGGGAAACCGGUGGCAACGCCGUCAUCGUCGGGAGCGGGGACGACGAAGACCGUGACGAAGGGGAAGGCCGGAACAGUGGAGUGUGAUUGGAAGAGCGCGUUAGAGAAGAGGAAGAAUGCAAUAUUCGUAAAGCACGGUUAUCAUAGCGAAAUGAAGCAAAAAGUGGAACAAGUAUUAAACAGUUUUGCGGACUAUAUGACAGGAAACCACGAAAACAUAGAACACUUGGGUGCAAACUGUGACAAUAAAUAUUGGAAGGAUUUGCAGCAGCAUAAUUCCCAUAAGGGACAGCGAGUGGCAGACGUCAUGAGAUGUAGACUUAUGAAUACUGCAUUGUGGUUUGCCAAUAAAGAAGGAGAAGGUGAGAAGGAUAAGGAAACGGAGAAUAUGUUAAGGUGCGAGCUAGCAAUUACUUUUGGACAUCUCAUGAAAGAAAGAUAUUGUCAGAAGCAGCCAUCGUGGAAAAGAGGUAUAGAGUAUGCAUGGGAAAUAAUGACGCAAACGGGCUCAAACGAAUAUGGGGGACAAGCCUUGACUGGUCCAGUCUUUGACGGAAGAUGCAAACAAUGUGGGUAUGAGGGUAAACAGACGGCCCUAGGAAUAAUAAAUGGGGAAAUGGCAGAAUGGUUAAUACAGGGAGGAAUAAUGGGAGAAAUAGCACAGAUAGAAGAAAGAAUGGAGUGUAGUAAAGAUUGGGAGCAAUAUCAACUAGAGCUAGGGAAGGAUGGAAAAAUUACAGCUAAGGAUGAGGACGGGAACAAGAAAGUGGAGGCCGUAAAGAACGAGGUAAAAAAGGAAGCAAGAGAAAUAGUUAAAAGGAUAGAGAAGAAAGUGCAGGAAGAAUUAGAAAAGGAAUUUAAGACACAGGACAAUGAUGCAAGGAACCGGAAAUCAGGCGGUGCAGAGGCAGGAGCAACGGAAGACCACGGUGCUACGGGCGUUGCAGGAGCACCGGCAUCAACGGACACAUCAGGUGAGGCUAAAUGUAAGGCGGGUAUGGGGCAGGGCCCACAGAGCUCGGGUGCAGUUGUUAUAAGUACCGCAUGUACAUCCGAUGAAGAUUUAGGCGGAGGAAAAGCAAUCACAGAUGCUAUUGCCAACGAUAAAACUGAUGACAAUCCCAAGAGUCCAGACCAGCAGGAGAGCACAUCCCCGUCCUCAGGGUUUAGGGUUCAGGGUUUAGGGUUCAGGGUUUAG